AAUCAUGAAAUAUUGUUUUCACCAGAGAACAUGUUGUUUAUUACGUAGGUACAACAUUGUCGUGCAGAACUCCUGUACAGUAGGUGGCGGUGUUAAACUUUAAUUCCACAGUCCACAAAUGAUUACAUUACUGUGACGUGAGGAAAUAAAAUACAAAUCUCACCAGCUAGCUACAAACAAAGCUAGCUGCCAAUUGGCGUUUAAUUUCUGAUAUGAUUAUUUGUUUUAAUAGAUUGGUAGAUAACUGUAGAGAAUCACAAUAUAUAAAACGCAAAUACUGUUACAUUGAAAAGGGGCCAAAAGCGUCGGGGGACAAUGUCGGGUUCCAUGGUCGAUUUCCAGGCGCAGAUAGCCUCAAUCAUGGAGGUGCUAGCCAACGCGGCUGUAGCCGAAAUCUGCAAAGUUGUUGACGAUGGCUAUGCAGUUGUACACCUGAAGAUGUCCCAAAGCCACAAGGACAACGAAUUUCUCCGGAGGAAAAUGAAAUUGAUGGAACUUCAGAUCGCGAGGUUUCGGGCUGAGAGAACAAAGUUUUCAGAUGGGUCCGUCCACAACCGCUUCCAUGGAAUACGCCUGCUAAACAGACAUAACAAUCGAGAGAUUGCAACAACAGGACCUACUUGGCAAAGCAGAAAUAGACUUUCCAACAGGAGUUUUGGGAACAGCAGCAUACCAAGAGACAGACAGCCCAUAGACGUGGACCAAGAGGAUGUCUCUCCAUCAAAGCAUAUGGAUACUACAAGUGAUGAGCAGUCAGCAGAGACAGAGGAAGGGGAACCAGACCUGCUCAUCAUCAAGGACGAGGGAGAAGCAGAUGACCAGGACUCGAGGAUCAGCCACCCAGCUAGAACAGUGGAGGGCAGCAGAGAACUAACCACCCAACCGACUACAGACCCUGCCUUCCAGCCCAGAGGCAACAACAUCAACACAGCUAUGGAGCAGACAGAGGAAGGGGAACCAGACCUGCUGAUCAUCAAGGUGGAGGGAGAAGCAGAUGACCAGGACUCUAGGAUCAGCCACCCAGCCAGAACAGUGGAGGGCAGCAGAGAGCUAACCACCCAACCGGCUGCAGCCACCACAGAGGACCCCGCCUUCCAGUCCAGUGGCCCCAGAGGCAACAACAACUACAACAACACCGCUAUGGAGGCCAAAUCUACUGUGGAAGGGGAGAGAGACCUCCAGCCAUGGAAGAAAGAAGAGGGUCUGAGGGAGAUGCCAGGCACUGAUAGUGGCCACAGAAUGACAGACCCAAACACACAGACCUCUCUAGACACGGACCAAACAGAGCUCACUGAGCAGCUCAGAACCAAACACAGCAUAGUGACUGUCAACAGAUCAGACACUGUUUUCAAGUCAGACCCGGAGCCUGAGAACCUGAGCCAGGUGCUCCAACUCACAGGUCCAGGACCUGUUGCUAAACAGCAGCGCAGCCUAAACCCCGAGAGAACAACCGAUCUGCCUGUAAACUCCCGUAAGCAAAGAGUCAGUGAUACAGCGAAUGAUCGGCCAUCUUGUUCUAGUUAUGCUGCCGAGACGGUCUCAGGAAGCCCCUCGCCUCCCUCUGAACACGAGUAUUCCCAGGUCGAUUCAGAGGUCAUGUCUGAGGUCAUAGUUAUCGACCCCCUUCCUGUUGACGAUGAGGAUGGCACGCCCUCGUUGUGGAGACAAGGUGACAUCAUGGAACACCGGCAUCAUCAAGGAGGACAUAGUGAAGCAGAUGCCAUGCUUCUUGGAGGACAUUCGAGUAACACUUAUCAUCAUCAUCCUCACCCAGGUGUCCAGCCAGCAGCGAAUCAGAACUCACCUGACAAUCACUUCUACACCAUUGGCAUGGACGGCGCUUUCAACAACCGCCUCGGCACCUUUCAGAACCCCGCAGCCACCGCCACUGCUCCAUACGCCACGGGUACCGGGGAGCUGCAGUACCCCACCUGGGUGGAUUUCGAGGGGAGCGCCCCCGACACCCACCUGGGUGACAUGACUGGGACUCAUCAGGACAGAGGGUCUAGGGAGGAGGGGGCGAGGUCCUACAGGUGCACCUUCUGCGGGAGGGAGUACCCUCACCUGUGCCAGCUCAAGAUGCACCAGAGGGUCCACACGGGGGAGAAACCGUAUGAGUGUGCCCUGUGUGGGAAGCAGUUCAGCCAGCUGUGCAGCCUGAAGCGGCACCAGAGAGUACACACAGGGGAGAAACCUUUCAGAUGCGCUCAAUGCGGGAAACAGUUCUCUCAUUCCAGUAAUUUAAAAGUGCAUCAGAGCGUCCAUACGGGUGAGAAACUGUUCCACUGCGCCCAGUGUGGGAAGAACUUCUCCUUUCUGAGCAAUCUGAUAAGACACCAGACAGUUCAUGCACGGAAAUUAUAGGUUGUGUUGUGAUUUGGGAUUGUGUUUUCUGAAUUGAUUGUAAAUUGUAUGUGUAUGAUUGCUUAAAGGUUGUUACCUGUUUAUUUUUGUAUUUUGUAAAAAUGUUAUAAAAAGAAGUGACACUAAACGUUUGACUGCAGAUUGUUAUAUUAGUUCAUGUUGGUUAUUAUUGUCUAAAAUGUUCAACUUUUUAUUGUAUAAAUUCCUACAGUAUUUGUGACGCAAAGUGUUGAAAAUAAUCAGGAAAACUAAGAUUUUGUCACAAUGAACAUGCUUGUGUUAAAGUUCAAAAGAAAUAAAUCAACAUGGGAAAUUUGAAAAA